UAAUUGUUCGAUGGCAGGAAUAAUAAUUCGAUUUUAACUACUCAACAUGAUGGAAGUGUUUUCAUUAUUAAAUAAUAAUAAAAUUAAUAAUAAAUAAUAAUUAAAGUUAAUAUUUCUUCUUUGCACUGUCAGCAAAUAUACUGUAUUUAUAUAUUUAUUUGUUGUGUGCUGUAGUAUACACACUCUAUUGUAUAGCAGCUCAUUUGUUGCUGCAUAUUAGCAACAUUAACUAACAUUACACUGAUAACACACUUAGCAUUGUAUUACAUGGCAACUGAAUUAUAUUUAAUAACUGUGACUUUGUGUUUUUUGACUUACUUUGCUCAGUGGAGGGUCGGGUUAAGAACAGAAUUCUCUGCAUAUAAACACAGUCAAUGAUUUGUCUUAUAACACAUUCAUCACUGGGUUAUUUCCAUAAUGGGAAGAAAUGCAAUUAAACAAUUACAAUAUCUUAUAUGUAAGAAAUGUGAUAUUCUCAUUUGGUCAUUCAUCUGGAGCUUUGCUUACGAUUUACUGGAGAGAGACAGAUGAGUCUCACAACAUGGUUUUUGUAUUGGUGUGUAACACUGUGCCGUAACUCCAGCUACUAUAGUAACCACAGUGAUACAAGCUCUUACAAAUACCUUUCCACAUCUGAAAGAGACCACAAAGUUUUCUGACAUGGUUUAAAACGCUGUGAUUUUCUGUUGAAUAGGUUCAGAGAGAGGAGAGAGAAAAAAUGGAGCAAUUAUUUCUCUGCAUGGUUUUUUGAGCAUGAUAUGAUUCCAUCUUAUUAAAGCUUUGAGUGAAGUACAUUCUACAUCAAAGAGCAAACAGGGAGGGCGGCGGUUGACGUUCACUGAACCUCUACUGCAUUAUGGCAAGUGAAUUAUUUUGAACACAAUCUCCACAAUUUGUCUGCAGCUGACCUUAAAAAAGAGACAUGGACCGAAUCAAAGCCAUCUGCUUCCAUGUCUCCUGGUGUUGGUGUUAUGUGUGAGUUUUUAAUGUCAUUAUUAGUAUUAUUUCAUUUAUAUAUGCAGAGAUUCUCUUGUUGAUAGAUAAAUCACAGUCUUAUUUAUAAUUUUUAAAUUUAUUAGUGUGUCUGUUUUUUAGCUGCGACAUCAUGUUGUCUUCAUUCAAAUCCCAACACUGAAAUAAACAUGAUGUAGCGUCAGACAGUAAUGUGUUUCAAAGUGCUCUACUUUACAGAGUGGGAGCAGUGCAUGUUGAAGCCUGUAGAUGGUAGCACAGGCAAGAUUUUCUACUUGUGUUCUUCAUCUUUAAGCUCACCUUACCAGAAUGCAUCUACAGGGCAGUGCAGUGCUUUGGUUGCUUGUUAUAUCAGCUGCUGCCUUAAUGUACAUCAGACAGUAUGUGACAGGGCCAGAAAAUGACGACUUUUUAUGCAUCUGGUGUGUUUCAAUUUGUGUGCUGUGCUUUUUUACUUUUUUAGUGUGUUAUUUGUGUAUGUUUUUUUAUCGCAUGUGGAGUGGUGUGAUUUAAUGCAUGUGUGUGCGAUUUUAAGUUUUACUUACUGGCUGGACUGCCCCUAAACAUCACACCUCCACUGACGUCAUAAUUACCAAUGAGCAACAGGUGUGGAAGCCGGUUUGACACCAAAAUGUGUGACCUAUCAGAUUCUGUGACCCAUAUAGGAAGUUAAGCGCCAGAGGCCUUGUUGACAUACAUAAAAUGGAGCUAAAAGAGUCUCAAAAAAGAUAAAUGAACACACUACAUUCACAUAUGCACACACAGUAUUCAUAAAUACACACACAGGAUACAUAAAUGCACACACAAUUAAAAAGCACACAAGAUUCACUAAUGCAAACAAAAAUCAUUGGGGGGGGGGUAAAAAAAUUGGUUCUGCUUAAUGUUUCUAAACCCGACAUAAACCUUUUAUUAUUGCAACAAAAAUGGUUCAUAUCUUUAAGGACUUAUCUACCUGCCGGGACAUGGCGGCCUCAGGCAUCAGUGCAACUAGCACCUGGGUUUGUUUAAAUGCCACAAUGCUGUGGAGAUUGAAGGGGGAUACCAGCAUGUAUGGCUAAUGUCAGAUGGACGUGUAAAUGGUCAAAUGUGUGGCUUCACUUUAUUUAAAAUAACUACGAGGCGAAGUGCAAUGCAUGUGAGAAGCUAAGUAGCUCUGAAGUAAUGUAGCUCCAGUCCAUCUUCUAGCUCCAAUAUCAUCAGCCAAUGCUAACAUUAGCACGCUAAUCACUAUGCCACAGGGCGGGCAGGGAUGACCGCCAAAUUGAAAAGGCUGUUCAUGUUCAGUCUUUCUUGCAUGCCAGCUGCUGUUUUUCAGGUUGCCUUCUGUGGAACGCUUCUUCGGUGGCUAUAAUGUUACUACAGCGCAGUUGUUAACAUUAAAUGAAUCAGAGUCAGAAAUACUUACAUAAGAAAUAAUGACUUUUGGAAGCCCUUUCAGCUCGCACCGUGUGCGCGCGUUGCUGACGUAUGCAAAUUGACUUGACAGACGUGCCCUUAAGGGAACAAUACUUUGAUAUAGCUACAUGUGAAGAAUACAUGGUCAAACUAUAAUGAGUUUGCUUGGCAGUGUUGUGUAACUUUGACUAGCAGCCAGCAGCUUGCUUGCUCAGACAGUAAAGCUGCUGGCUGGGCAGUGAAGUGAGAUCUACUGACACCUUACUGUGCAAUAUGGCAACAAAUUAACAUUACUUAAUUUAUCAAAAGUGACAAUACUAACGUUACUCCAUGUUGAGCCCCAACAAAUCACAGCAGGGGAAAUUACUUCGCUGCAACAGGCAGCUCUAUGUGAAAAGCAUCUGUGUGAAUUGGCCUUUAGAGUGAAAGCAUGAAAAAGCAGAAUGUUCAGUAAAAAAAAUACAUUUCUUAGUUUAAUGAAACAAUAAAAGUAAAAACACCUGGGGAGGGCAAUCACAACUGGGAAUCAAUAAGAACAAGAUCGAUAUGCAGAAUCACAAUCUGAAUCAACAAAAUUGAAAUGAUACCCAACCCUACUGCCAGGGAAUAUGUCUAUUAUAUUCAUCGAUUUGUCCUACGGUCUUGUUCUGUUUCUGUAAUGUUCUGUUCUCACAUGGACGUGGAACCAUCUGAUAUUUGUGCUUGUUUUGCAACAUUUUUGUAGUGUGUUUUCCCAGCUCCUCUCAUGCUGCAAUUACAACCAGUGGUGUUCCAUGCAGGUGCUGGGCUUGUCCCAAACUUUUCAUUUCAAUUAGCUUAAUUUGCAUGAAUGUUUAGGUGAAGAAUGUUGCUAAAGCAGAAAUUCACAUGAAUAUUGACAUUUGAUGCUCAAGAAAAGAUUAAUCAGUCAGAUAAAGCGUCAUGUAUUGUCUAUUAAGUGACACAUGUUCACUUUACUGACAGUGAGUAAUAUUCUUCUGACACAUUUAAUAUUGGGGAAGAGGAUGCCAGACCACUUGAAACACAAUGAGGUAAUCAUAUAGUAUAUAAUAUUGUAGAAUGGGUAAUGAUUAAAAUGUUAAUCAUUUGCAGAAUAGUGAAUCAUUAAAUUUUUUAAAGAUUGUGGCUCUACUUGAGGAGGAAUUUCCUAAACUGAAGACCUUACAAGGAGGUUGGAUGUUUUUCAAGUCUACAGGUAGAAUUUUUCUAAAUCUCCAAUUACAAAAAUUAUAGUUCAGAGAUAUGUCAUGUGAUGUCCAGCGAUGAAUUACCAUUCACACCACUAUUCAAGUUGUCAAGGACAGUGCUAUGACUUGUUUGCCUGACAAAAUAUAACUUUUAAUAUUAAUGAUUGUGAGACUGCAAGGUUUUAAAGGACUCUUACUUCUUUCCAUUUCAAAAUAGGUGGUAGCGGACAUUGCGAGCUGUCCAUAAUUCCAACUGACGCUGAGGGUUACUCCACAAGGCUUCUUAAAUCAGCAUCUAACAAUGGGAAAAACAUAGUAUUUGUAGUUCCACUACAGGAGAAGCUUUCUACUGAACCACUUUUCUAUGAUUCAGUAGAGUUCGCCAAGAUGCCACAGUCAAAAUGCAUUACAUGUGGCAGUCAAAUGCCUUUGCAGCUGUUGCCAUUGCAUGUAGAGGGAUGCAAUGGCGCAGUGACUGUAAGCUGUAUUACAACAUGUCUCUCAUUUCACUUUUUUAAUUUGUUCAAAUGACUGUUUCAAAGUAUUAAGUAUUUGUUUAUUAUAUAUAUAUUUUUAUUAAUUUUAUUUCUUUAGGAGAGUGAAUCUGGGACAUGUCUUGAUGAAGAAUGUUCAGUUCUUGAGCAGCCAGUCUCAUCUACCAUAGGCAUGGAUGAAUCCUUGGUCUGCCCAAUCUGUCUUGCAUUGUACCCAGCUGAUGUUCUCCCAUCUCAUGCAAGCACAUGUGGUGACAGCAGCCAGUCCCCCAAGGGGAGAAGAAUUGCCAGGACACUCAGUUCCACAAUCGUCAGCAGCUUCAACCUGGGCCACUGAAGUCGACCCCCAAAAAGCAUGCCAGUUGUUCAGAGAAGAUUUACUGAACCGUUACUCUGAAAGUCCACGCCUCUCUCUAUCACUCGACAUGUUUGAUGCAGAAGAUGAACAGGACAGUGCAUUCAUUUCAUUCUAUAAGCAGAAUAAUGUGAACUGGGCAGCUCCAUUCAAGUGCAGGCUGAGAGGAGAUGCAGCAGUGGGUGAUGGUGUCAGCAGACAUGUUUUGUCAAUGGCCAUGCAGAAAUUGAAAACUGGUUUCAGAAUAAAUUUAGCUGCUGUCCUGCGGGAAGGCAACUUAUUUGAGAUGGCAGGUCGUAUGAUUGGUCAUUCUUUCCUGCAUGGUGGGUUCAGCUUCUCGGGACUCAGUUUGCCUGUGGUGACCCUACUGACUGGUGGGAGCAUCGACACUGCAGCAUCGGCUCUGACACUGGAGGACUGUCCUGAUAUUGACCAUCGUGAAACAAUUGGUUUGACAGUGAUCCAGAGCAUUACCUGGCCACAACCCAACUUGGACAGCGACAAGGAUGAGGAAGACACUGUUCCAUUGGAGAAAAUCAGUCUUGUCACUGGAUUUUUGAGAAAAUUCAUAGAAUAUGCGUCAACAGAUGUGCUACGUGAUCUGAUGAAGUUUUGGGUGGGGUGGGAAAUGCCAACAAGACACCUCAAUGUUGAGGUUGUAACCUCAACUUAUCCAGUGGCUCUCACCUGCUUCUUCAAGUUAAAGCUCCCCAGCCACUACCAGAUCUUUCACCAGGACUUGAUGAUGGCCCUCAGUUCCAUACGUUCUGGCUUUGGACUUGUGUAGCUGCAAAUGUCAUCACUUAAAAGAGCAAUUCCUGUUAAUUUAUGCACCAUUUACUUUAUAAAGUUUGAUUAUUCUACUUGUCAGGCACCACCUUCACCUGUCGAUAAAUACUUUGAAGUUGGUUUGGUGAUUGUCUUUGGCCUAUGUUUUUAAAUGUGCACUAGUUCUUUAGUUAUUUUCAUAUUCUUAAUCCAAGUGUACUUUUGUGUGCAAUGAGCUUGGAUCAUAUAAAGAUCUUCUCUUGAGAGCUGUGGCAGCUUUCUCGGCCUCUCUCUCAUCAAGCUUAGACUUCAUAGACAUUUAGUUGUAAUUAUUGAACAGUUUAUACAGCUACAGCUACAUGUUAAUUCAGAUGUUUAGGUAGAUUCCAGUUUCUCCAAUAGUACUGUUACCCUUUCACAGUAAUCUGUUCUAAAUAAGUGUGUAAUCCUAACAAUGUUUUUGUAAAGUUUUGUAUAAUAAAUCAGUUCUUUAUUAAAAUGUCUUCACAAAUUGCAUGCAAAGCGCAAGUAAAGAAAACAUUUCAUACUAUU